ACUUGAGCCGAAAGCAGAAGGGAGGAUUCUUGGAGCUGGAGGGCAGCGCAAACCCAAAAGGGGUUAGAUUCUUGAAGGCCUCCAUGAAGGUAAAGCAAUCCCAUCUCGAAGACCCCAAUACAUGCUCUUUGCCGGCCUCCAAGACAACAGUUUCCUUGCCCUCCUCUGCCCAUCUCCUCCCCCCCUCUCAUCCUCACCACCUCUAAAUACAAGCAAGCCAUAGUUAAAUAAAUGCAAGGCUUGGCGCCCCUUGGAGCUGUUCCUUCUCUACAAAUACGUUGCGCGCCAUGGACGGCGACUCGAAGGCGCUGAGGGUUCAGUUUUCUGGAGUAGACAAGAGGGACAAAGGUAGUAGGAAAGAUUCAAUAAUACUGCCACAAGAGAACCCAGCUCUUGGAAGAGCGCAAAUGGAUAGCAGCGACGAAUACAACGCUAUAUUCGCAGCCACAAUUGCCGCGGCGACAUACGCAAUCGCAGCACAAGAAGAGAAGCAGAAGGCUAGCCCUGUUCAGCCGCCAACCAAGAGAGAUGAGAGCGUGAGAAAGCCUACAGGAGGCAGCAAGAUCUCAAGAUGGUUCAGUGCCAAAGAGUCUGCACAAGAUGCUGACGAGGGACCAGCCAACGUAUCCGUAAGGAGGCCGCUGAAACCAGAACAGAGGAAGCCCGGAGGCACGGGAUCAGAUCAGAAGGUGCCAUUGCCACUUCCACCAAAGAUGCAUGAUUCUUCUGUGGGUGCGAAAAAGGCACCGGGUUCCUCCAGAAAAUCACCAGAGAAGAAAGGAAGCAAGAGGUUUGAGCAGGAGCAGGCAGUUCAAAGGGUACCAACCGCUGUCAGGCCAGCAACAUCAUAUCAAUCUAGGCGGAACGACGAUGGCGCAGCAGGAGUAACUGCUAUUGCCGGCACACAAACAAAGGCUGAUGUAUGGGAGAAGGAAAAGCUUGCAAGAGUCAGGGAGGAGUAUGAAAAGAUGAUGGAGACCAUAGCCGAGUGGGAAACUGAGAAGAAGGUGAAGGCCAAGCGCCAAAAAGAACAGAAAGAGGUUGCGUUGGACAGAAAGAGAGCGAAGCAACUGGCAGAAUACAAUCAGGAAAUGACAAGGAUCAACAAAAUUGCUGGAGGAGCAAGGUCAAUGGCAGGAGAAAGAAAAUACGAGGAUGAGAAAAAGAUCAGAGAGAAGGCGAAGAAGAUACGAUCGACAGGAAAGUCCGCCCGUGGAUGCUGCUUUUGAGAUAUUCCCAUUCUACAAAAAUUCAAACAAAAUGAACGGCGCGACUUGAAUGCGAUAUAGUCUCACAACAGCGAUGUAUUGUAUUAUAAAACGUGUUUGGUUUGAUGAGUGAUAAGAGUGUAGAGUUGCAUCCAACAUGCAAUGGCAUUGUAUCAGGACAGGAGCAACAUAAACAAGUUUGAAGGGUGUGGAUAAUGAAAGGUACCAAGGAGUUAUCUGUGCAUA